UUUAUCAACAAUUGCCUGAAAUCUCUCCUUAUAGAGAAAUUUGGUGAAGAGACAUGGGAAAAACUCAAAACUCGAGCAGAACUUGAAGACAAUUUUAUGACAUACACUGUAUACGAUGAUGGUAUCACAGUAAAGUUGGUCCAGGAAGCCUGCAAGACUCUAAAGGUGCCAGAAGAGGCAGUGUUGAAACUGUUUGGAGAACACUUUUUCAGUUUCUGUAAGAUGUCUGGGUAUGAUAGAAUGCUACGGACUUUGGGAGGAAACUUGAUUGAGUUUAUUGAGAACCUCGACGCCCUUCAUAGCUACCUUGCCUUGUCCUACCAGGAAAUGAAUGCACCAUCAUUUCGUGUGGAAAGAGCAGAUGGGAUGCUGCUGCUUCACUAUUACUCUGACAGGAAAGGCCUGUGUCAGAUUGUCCCAGGAAUCCUUGAAGCUGUGGCCAAAGAUUUCUUUGACAGUAAAGUUACGCUGGAAAUUCUGAAUCAAAACAUAGAAGAGGAGCGUACUGGGAAGAAGGAGCACGUAGUCUUUUUUCUGCAUAGUGAAGAGAGGGCCAAGGACAAGAUCAAGGAGAGGACAUGUGAAGACUCACAGAACGAUAAAGAGGUAGAGGCAGUGGUCCUGUAGAAAGCAGAAGGAAGGGAAGAAUCCAUCUUGCACUGCCCAGAAAAGAAAUCCUACUGGGACAUUGUGAGAUGGGCUGUGAAAUUUCAGAGAGGGAACAUUCUCUGUACCUCUGAACCUCAUUUCCCUGAGAAGCUUUGGAUUGAGGAGAGAACAUUUUGCUCUACAUUCCCAUUCCAUGUUGUGUUUGAUGAAACACUGAAGAUCAAACAGGCUGGGGUCAACAUUCAGAAAUUUGUACCUAGACUGUGGACAUCUGGGACCAGAAUAGAUGAGUGUUUUACUAUCGUUCAUCCACAAGUCACGUUCACAAUUUUCAGUAUAAGGAAGUUUAUCAACAGUCAGUUUGUCCUCAAGGCCCGAAGGGAUAUGUUGCCUAAAUCAUGGAAGCAACGCCCCCUGCUAAAGCUCAGAGGGCAGAUGGUCUGGAUGGAGGCCCUCCAGUGCAUGCUGUACUUGUGUUCGCCAAAGCUACGCAGUUUGGAGGAGCUGGAAGAACAACAGAUGCACCUUUCUGACAUUGCGCAGCAUGACACGACAAGGGAUCUGGUCCUCUUCAACCAGCAGAGGCUGGCAGAGAUAGAGUUGUCCAACCAAUUGGAAAGGAAGAAGGAGGAGCUCAGGAUCCUUUCCAGAAACCUGGAGGCAGAAAAGAAAAAAUCGGAAACCUUGCUCUAUGCCAUGCUGCCAAAACACGUGGCAAAUCAACUUAAGGAGGGACGCAAGGUAGAAGCAGGAGAUUUUAGUUCCUGCACAAUACUUUUCAGUGAUGUAGUGACCUUCACAAACAUCUGUUCAGUCUGUGAACCUAUUCAGAUAGUCAACAUGCUUAAUUCAAUGUAUUCCAAGUUUGAUCGGCUUACCAGUGUCCAUGGGGUGUAUAAAGUGGAAACAAUAGGUGAUGCCUACAUGGUUGUAGGAGGGGUCCCAGUGCCAGUUGCAAGUCAUGCUGAAAGAGUGGCCAAUUUUGCUCUAGGUAUGAGAAUUGCUGCCAGAGAAGUUAUAAACCCCAUUACUAAGAAGCCCAUUCAGAUUAGAAUUGGGGUUCAUACUGGACCGGUUUUGGCUGGGGUAGUGGGGGACAAAAUGCCCAGAUACUGUUUAUUUGGUGACACUGUCAAUACAGCUUCUAGGAUGGAAAGUCAUGGCCUUCCAGACAAAAUCCAUGUUAGCCCAACAGCAUUCAGAGCUUUACAACACCAAGGGUUUGACAUAGAGAAAAGGGGAGAAAUAGAAGUGAAAGGCAAAGGGAAAAUGACAACGUAUUUUCUGAGGCAAAACCUACAUGCUUCUGAAAAUGAAAUAAUGGGAUGUGCGGAAGAGAGUCCGGAUGCUUCAAGAAGUCAGUGUGGCAAGGAUGUUGUUGUGAUGAAGUACGCUGACUGUCAAGAGCUACUUCCUUCCAGGGAAGCAGAACACAGGCAAGACAUCCAAGGUUUCCUUAGAAUGACGGGACUAUCCACAACCAUGCCUUAA